AUGCGCUCUGCACCUAUCAAGCAUAAAGUUGUACCACAGCUGUCUCAGCAUCGUAAUACAAUUGCCAACAAUGUGUUCGAGAAUAACUCCUCUCUUGUGAGCACACAAAUUUCCGGACCUGGGACCGAUUCCACUUCCAAACCCCGCCGAACCUCGGUACCUCUGCGAUCAGCUGGCAUUUCAUCAGCCUACAAAAGUGUUAAUCAUUUGUCUCCAAGCCAGGCCCGUCUCUCUUUGGGCAACGAGAAGUCUAAACAUUGUACAGUAUCACCCCACACUAAACGUUUAUCCCGACUCUGUGGCGAUAAUGACGAACAAGAUCGUCCUCAUGCUUCCAGUCCGAAUACAGCCAGUCGCCAGAGAGUCCGGUUGAAUGAAACGCCGACCUCUGGCAUUCCUCUUUGCGCGACUGGUAAUACCUUCAAUCAAAUGGUCCUCGAGGAAUCAAAAGGUGAUGAAUGCUCUGGUCUCACUGAAAUAAAACACAAUUUGGAGACCUCCGGUAAAUCAUGUGAAUUAUCAAGUGCUGCUAUUACAGCUAUAGACAUUACGCAGAUGCCAUGCAGCCAUCAUGGGAGCAGUUGCAUAAUGUCGGCAGAUCUAUCUGGCCAGGUUCAUGUUCUCCCCAUCAUAGAUCCGCGACUCUGGCCCAUUAGUACCCUUCAUUCGAUGGCACAAGAUGAACGCCUUAAGCAACGCCAUUUCACAGUGAGUCUCCAUCUUUUCUCCAUAUCUAAUUUUUUUGGCAUGAAUUAA